UCUGUUAUUCUGAGCUUAGUAAUGAGUUUGUUUGGUGUGUGUGAUGUGAUAUACACAGAAGCCUUGAACAAAUAGCUUUACAAGAAGAUUUUUCCAUUGUGUCAUGAACCCAGGUGCAGAAAUGGUUGGCAUGAAACCCAAAGAUGUGGUGCCCUCUGUGGCAGUUAAGUUCUUUGGAGCAGGCACUUCAGCCUGCAUUGCUGACCUUAUCACCUUUCCCCUGGACACUGCCAAAGUCAGACUACAGAUUCAGGGAGAGUCUUGGAAAGUCGAAGGGGCCAGUGCAGCAAAGUAUCGCGGAGUGUUUGGCACCAUCACCACCAUGGUACGCACAGAGGGGCCCAGGAGUCUGUACAACGGACUGGUGGCAGGACUCCAGAGACAGAUGAGCUUCGCCUCUGUCCGGAUCGGCCUCUAUGACUCCAUGAAACAAUUCUACUCAACAUGCUCUGAGAGCACUGGGAUUGUUCCUUGCCUCAUGGCGGGUUGUACCACAGGAGCCAUGGCUGUGGCUUUUGCACAGCCAACAGAUGUGGUGAAGGUACGUUUUCAAGCCCAGAUACGACUUGUUGAUGGUGAGCGGAGAUACAACGGCACCCUGGAUGCUUACAGGACGAUUGCACGAGAUGAAGGAGUACGGGGGCUUUGGAAAGGCUGCAUGCCCAACAUCACCCGUAAUGCCAUUGUAAACUGUGCAGAGCUGGUGACCUAUGACAUGAUCAAAGAACUCAUCCUGAAGUAUGGCCUAAUGACAGACAACCUGCCGUGCCACUUCACAGCUGCCUUUGGUGCAGGCUUCUGCGCAACGGUUGUGGCUUCUCCUGUGGAUGUAGUCAAAACACGGUUCAUGAACUCAGAGGCUAGCCAGUACAGGAGCGCAAUCAACUGUGCGCUCACCAUGCUGAAAAAUGAAGGACCUACUGCCUUCUAUAAAGGGUUCAUACCUUCUUUCCUGCGACUGGGAUCCUGGAACAUUGUCAUGUUUGUGUCGUAUGAACAAAUUAAACGGGGUAUGACCAGAGCACAACAGUACUGGGAGUCACCACUUUAAUCUUGGCCUGUCUUGUGACAGGACUGCACAGACACAGCAACCUGGCCUUCACUAUGAUGCAGGUGGUGACCCAUGUUUGGAAAAGGAGAAAUGUAAAAACAGGUGCAAAAAGGGACCUUCAAAAUUGUUUCAGCAUCCCAUGGUCCCACCAGUGUGCCUCAGUCCAGCGUGGACUUCAUCACAUUACAAAGACUCAGGGCAGGGAGCUGUAGCUCUUCGACUUCCAGAAAGAACACAUAAUCUGUUGGCAUCAUUGCAGUACCAGGAUGUUUCAAAGAUUCAGGUAUAAGGAGAUAUUAUGCAUUGUAGUUUCAUUGUACUAAAAAAGUGCAAUGACAAUAAAGGUACUCUAUUAUAAGUUGUAACGGCAGAUGCCUCCCUUACAAAAACACUUAUUUUUGUCACACCUUGAAGAAGACAGCUUUUUUUACCACUAUGUGUCGGCUGUAACCCACCUUUUCAGCAUGUAUUGUUCCUAAUCCUCAGUAUAAGAGUCAUCUGAAUAAAAGCUUUUAAAUUCAUUUCAAGAGGAGUGCCCUGGAUUUCUUCGCUUUUCAUUUGACAAUUUUUGGUCCCUUUUUCUAAAGAGCACCUUUGACAAAUCUAAAGCGAACUUCCUAAACUCUCUGGCAUCUUCUCUUCUUGUUACAUUAUUUUUUUGUGUAACAGACAUAUGUGAAAGGGUAAUUCCAUAAGGAUAUGUUUCUAUCUCCUAACUUAAACCAUGAUCAAUGUGUUUACAUGUUCACAGUGAAGAUGGAUUUUCAUGUUUACAAGUGAAUGAACUGCAAGACCAUAAUGUUGCAUGCAGUGCUAUUUAAGACAGACAAACCUAAACUGACCACACAAACCUAAAUAGGUAAUUUCUGCAAACCUUAUUUUGUCUUAUGUAUUGUGGACUUUUUA